AUGGCCUGGCGCCUUGCUGCCAUCGCCCUCCUGGGACCAAAAAGCCUUGUCGCGGAGGCCUUGGAUGAAAGCUGUGCUGGUGCGACGAACUUGGUGCAGUUGGGCUCCACUUUGCAGAGAAGAGAUCUGGCUUCGUACUGGUACCCAUCCAGAGGCGUUGAUGACAACCGCUCGGGCUGGUCGUCUGCCGAGGGGCCCUUUCCCCUGAAGCCACCGAAGUGGCAAUUCGAGGUUGCACACAUCAACUUCCAUCAGACGCCAUGCAUUGAUGACCAGCUGAACGUGUAUACCGGCAGCGACCAGGGAAUGAUCUUCUCUUUUACGAAGGCCGGGUGGAAGCGUUGGGAGGUGGCAACCGGAGCGUCCAACUGCCAAAACCCAACCAUUCUGGAGGGCGUGCUCUACACCUCUUGUGCAAAUGGAGUGGUCCUGGCUCUGACCAUGGAUGAAGGGAAGGAAGUUUGGUCUCGCAAGCUCACGGACAGCCUGCCUACUGACACGUAUACUGUGAGCGCCACCGCGAGCUACGUUGUGGUACCCUAUGGUGACAUGGGGCACAUGACGGGCGGAGCGAAUGGCCUGGCUCUGCUCGAGCGCGCAAGUGGCGACGUCCGGUGGACCUACAACAUCUCCGCGCACUCCCCAGGCGCCCACACCAUCAACAUGGCGCCAUGUCUUUUUGAGGAUUCUAUCGUCACCAGCGACACCAGUGGUGGCAUCUACCGAUUGAGUGUGGAGGAUGGCUCGGAGCUCUGGCGGAGUCCUCCAGAGAACGCCGGCACCUUCACCCUCGGAGGUGUGGCCUGUGGAGAAGGCCUGGUCUUCAAUGGGUUCUCAAAGGAAGACGGCUCUGGCGGUCUUCAAGCACUCAACCUCAGCUCCGGGGAGCGCCUCUGGGCUAAGAGCUUCCCACAAGAGAUCCACAACGCGCCCGCCGUGGGCAGGGUGUACGGCCAUCCGGGGAGGACGGCGGCCAUCGUAGGGCAGGGCGGUCCUCCUGGGGCCCCACUGCCAAUCCCAGAUCUCCUCAAGGGCACCGUUGUUGCCGUAGAUGUGACGGACGGUGAAACCCUCUGGACCUUCGAGCCGCCACCAUGGCACCACCAUGGAGCCGCCGGCUCCACGUUUCUGCAGCCCUGCAUGCCCGACCUUUUUUCGGGUGCGACCAUUGACGGGCGAGGCACUGUCUACAUCAACUGGUCUGCAGGUGGUAUCACCUACGCCCUGCGCGACGCGAACGGGGAUGGCCGGAUCGACGAGCGAGAUCCCGCAGAAGUGUCCGCCUUUGACCUGGGAUCGGGAGCCACCGGACCCCCGGCGAUUGCCCCUGGCAUGUUGUUCGUCAACGCCUGCCGACGUCCCAGCGCCUUCCUGGCCUGA